CACAAGUUCAAAGAAUGAAAGGAUCAGAUGAUCAUUAAUGCCAAUUCCUCUCUAACCAUGAGGGAAAAACAGCUGCCCAAGACUAUAUUUCUUCUUCUUUUUAUGCUAUUUUCCAGAUAUGCUUCAGCUAUUCCCAAACCGCAGUACCUGGUGCUGGUUCCAUCACAAAUUUAUAGUGGAAUUCCCGAGAAGGCCUGUAUCAUGCUCAGUAACAUGAAUGAGACAGUGACACUGAAUGUCGUUCUGGAGUAUGAACUACAGAGAAGGAACCUCUUCAGAGAUGAAGAGACAAAGAAGGACUCUUUCUACUGCACCCCUUUCACUAUUCCAAACUUGGCAAUUUCCUCAGCAUUAAUUCAUGUGCAUGUGAAUGGCCCAACCCAGAACUUCAUUGAGAAGAAACCAAUAAAGAUUAUGAAAGCAGAGAGCCUGGACUUUGUCCAGACAGACAAGCCCAUUUAUAAACCAGGACAAACAGUGAAAUUCCGCAUUGUUUCUGUGGAUCUCAAUUUCCUCCCUCUACAGGAAACGUUUUCGGUGGUUUACAUUGAGGAUCCCAAGAAGAAUCGAAUUUUUCAAAGGCAAAAUCUCGUAUUGCAACAAGGCCUCAGCCAACUCUCUUUCCCUCUCUCAGAGGAGCCCAUUCUGGGUUCUUAUAAGAUUAUUCUGCAAAAACUAUCAGGGAAGAAAAUUGAACGCACUUUUCAGGUGGAUGAAUAUGUUUUGCCCAAAUUUGAAGUCCAAGUGAAAGCACCCAAGGUUAUUAGCUUUCUAGAUGAAGAAUUUAAUGUCACUGUCUGUGGUCGGUACACAUAUGGAAAGCCUGUUUCUGGUCUGGUGACAAUUAAUGUGUGCCGAAAAUAUCAGCAAUAUUAUUCUCCUUGCCAGAAAAACAGACCACAAGCUUUCUGUGAAGAAUUCACUAACCAGGCAGACAAUAAAGGCUGCUUCACAAAACUCAUAAAGACUCAAGUGUUUCAACUGAGAAGUAGAGGGUAUGAAAUGGAAAUAGAAGUGGAGGGCAGGGUCAGAGAGGAAGGAACAGAACUGGAGUUAAUUGGACAUGGAUCAUGUGAAAUCUCAACUACCUUAAGCAAAUUAAAAUUUACUAAAAUUGACUCACAUUAUAGACGUGGACUUCCUUUCUUUGGGCAGGUUCUUUUAGUUGAUGAGAAGGACCAGCCAAUGCCCAAUAAAACUGUGAAUGUAGUUUGGAAUAUGGCAAAACAGUCCCAACAAUACACUACUAAUGAUCAUGGCAUCGUGGACAUUUCCAUUGAUACCACAAAUCUCACAUCUCCUCCCUUAGAUAUAAUGGUUACUUACAAAACUAUGAAUGAAUAUUGUCUUAGUUCGAUGUGGCUUGAAGAAAAUCAUGUAAAGGCUCAACACUUUGCAAAUGGUAUUUUCUCACCAAGCAAUAGUUUUAUUCACCUUGAACCCAUCACUGAUACUCUGACCUGUGGGCAAACUCAGCAGAUCCAGGUUCACUAUAUGCUAAAUAAACAGAUUCUGAAGAAUGAAAAAGAGUUAACCUUCUAUUAUUUGAUCAAAGCGAAGGGCAUUAUCUCCCAAUCAGGAUUGCAUGUGUUGUCCAUUAAAAAAGGGAACAUGAAAGGGAUAUUUCCCUUCUCCAUUCAAGUGGGUUCAGACAUUGCUCCUGAGGCAAACUUGCUUAUAUAUGCUAUUUUACCUGAUGGAGAAAUGAUUGCAGAUACUCUGAAACUUGAGAUUGAAAAAUGUUUUGCCAAUAAGAUAAAUUUAAGUUUCUCCCCCGCUGAAGGCCAGCCAACCUCAGACACCAAACUGAAUAUCUCAGCCACCCCUCACUCCCUCUGUGCUCUUCGUGCAGUAGACCAGAGCGUCCUUCUAAUGAAACCUGAAGCUGAGCUUUCACCUCAAUCAAUUUAUAAUUUGUUACCAGUGAAAGAUACCCCUAAUUUACCCUGGGGUUUUGAUACUGUAAACAAUGAAAACUGCAUCACAGCAGAUGACAUAAGUAUCAAUGGAGUCAUUUAUGUGCCAAAGCAGCUACUGAAUGAAGAUGAUGUCUACACCAUCAUUGAGACUUUUGGAUUCAAUAUUUUUACCAACUCAAAAAUCUAUAAACCACAUUUUUGUCAGCAUUUUCAAAAUAGUUUCCAAGUUCCACCACCAAUACCAAGUAUGGGGAGAAUGCUUGCACCAGGAAUAGGGGCACCAGAAGGGGCUGGAGAGCAUUCCUACAUCCUAAGGUCCUUCUCAUAGUUAAUGAUUUUAGGAGUUGCCACUUCAGUUGUACAAAAAAUCAAAAAGAAAGAGACAAUUCGGAAGUAUUUCCCUGAGACUUGGAUCUGGGAUUUGGUGACACUUGAUUUGACAGGUAGAAGUGAGCUGAUAAUGAAAAUCCCUGACACCAUCACAGAGUGGAAGGCCAAUGCAUUCUGCUUGUCUGGCACAACAGGACUGGGCCUCUCCCCCAUCACCUCUCUUCAAGCCUUCCAGCCUUUCUUCCUAGAACUCACUCUGCCCUACUCUGUGAUUCGAGGAGAAGUGUUUACACUCAAAGCCACAGUGUUCAAUUACCUAUCCCAGUGCAUUAGGAUCAACAUGCAGCUGGAGGACUCGCCUGCAUUCUUGGCAGUCCCAGGAGAGAAGAAUCAAGACUCUCACUGUGUCUGCAGAAAUGAACAGAAAACCCUGGCCUGGGCUGUGACCCCAAAAUCACUGGGAAAGAUGAACUUCACAGCCAUUGCAGAAGCUUUGGAGUCUCAGGAGCAGUGUGCUGGGGAGACACUCCAAGUUCCAACAACUGGAUGGAAGGACACAGUGAUCAAGCCUUUAUUAGUUGAGCCUGAAGGAAUUGAAAGGGAGGAAUCUUUCAACACCAUGAUCUGUGCUCAACAAAACGAAGUACCUGAAAAGUUGUCAUUAGAAGUUCCUUCAAAUGUGGUUGAAGGAUCUGCCAGGGCAACAUAUUCAGUUUUGGGAGAUAUGCUUGGGUCUGCAGUGACAAAUCUUCAGAAUCUUCUCCAGAUGCCCUUUGGUUGUGGAGAGCAGAACAUGGUCCUAUUUGUCCCUAACAUUUAUGUUCUGAACUAUCUGACUCAGACAGGACAACUGACAGAGAGCAUCAAGUCCAAAGCCACAAGCCACCUUAUCAGUGGGUACCAAAGGCAACUGAAUUAUAAGCACAGUGAUGGAUCAUACAGUGCCUUUGGGGAGCAGAAUGGCAGAAGUCAAGGAAAUACUUGGCUCACUGCCUUUGUGCUCAAGUCCUUUGUUCAAGCCCAGGCAUACAUCUUUGUGGAGAACUCACACAUCACCAAUUCCUUCAUGUGGCUUUCACAGAAGCAAAAGGAAAAUGGUUGCUUCCAAAGUUCUGGAUCGCUAUUGCACAAUGCUAUGAAGGGUGGUAUUGAUGAUGAGGCCACGCUCUCUGCCUACAUCACCAUUGCUCUGCUAGAGAUGCUACUGCCUAACACUAACACAGUAGUCCGCAAUGCUCUCUUCUGCUUGGAAACAACCUGGAGUUCCAUCUCAAAUACCCAAGGAAAUCAUAUUUAUACCAAGGCAUUAUUGGCCUAUGCCUUUGCAUUAUCAGGAAACCAAAUCAGGAGAAAUGAGGUGCUUCAGUCAUUAGAGAAAGAUGCUGUGAUAGAUGAUGAUUCAGUCCAUUGGGAACGUCCUAGAAAACCUAGAGAAGCAAAAUCAUCCUCUUAUGAGCCCCGGGCUCCUUCUGUUGAAGUAGAGAUGACAGCUUACGUGCUCCUUGCCUAUCUUACUCCUAUCCCAUCUGCAAGAGACCUGACUGUGGCAUCUCGUGUUGUGAAAUGGAUCAUCAAACAACAAAAUCCUCAUGGGGGGUUUUCCUCCACUCAGGACACUGUGAUAGCUCUCCAAGCCCUUGCCAAAUAUGGAGCAGCAGUUUAUGCUAAUGGGGAAAAAUAUGUCACAGUUACGGUCAAAUCUUCCAGGUCCUUCUCUGAGCAAUUUCAAGUAAACAAAGCCAACCGCCUUUUGCUGCAGGAAGUGAAGUUACCAAAGAUUCCAGGGGAAUACAGAACAGUGGUGUCAGGGUUUGGAUGUGUAUACCUUCAGAGAACACUGAGAUAUAACAUUCUGCCUAAGAAAGAAGGAGAAAGUCCCUUCACACUUGAUGUUGAUACAUUCCCUAAGAAAUGUGAUGGAGUAGAUGACCACAAGAAGAUCCAGAUUCACAUCAAUGUUAGUUAUACUGGGAAACAACCCAGUUCCAACAUGGUCAUUGUUGAUGUGAAGAUGGUAUCAGGAUUCAUACCUGUGAAAGCAUCUGUAAAAAAGCUGCAAGAAAUGCCCCAAAUUCAAAGAACUGAAGUGAACACCAACCAUGUCCUGAUUUAUUUUGAAAAGUUAACCAGUCAAGUGUUGAGUUUCUCCUUCUCAGUGGAACAAGAUAUUCUAGUAGAGAACUUGAAACCAGCUAAUGUAAAAGUUUAUGAUUAUUAUGAAACAGAUGAAAUUGCCAUUAAGGAGUACACGAUUCCCUGUGGUUCUGAAGAUCAAGAAAUAAAUGCUUGAGAAUGUAAACUUUCAUCAGAUUUACUUCUCUAAAAAUGAAGAAGAAAGACUGGGAGAGAAAAUACUGCAAGAAAUAAGGGAUUGGAAUUUAUAAUAAAAUUUGUGUGUAGUAUUUAGAAGUAUAUCUUCUGUUUUAUUAAUUAUCAUUGCCAUGUAUAAUCUGAAAUGUUACUUUACAAUGUAUAUAUUAUCUAUAAAGAUUUUUUAAAAACUAUAUAUAAAUUCUUAGAAUUCUAUAUGGACUGUAUUCAUAAAUACCAUUGGUGAAAUUUUAGACAUCACCAUAAUACCAAAUAAAAAUAAUGUUUCA